CCAAAAUUUGGGGUUUUCCAGGAUUUGGGGAAUUCCCAAAAAUCCAGAGGGGGUCUCCAGGGAUUGGGGGGGGUCCCCAAAAUUGGGGGGUCCCCAAAAUUGGGGGUCCCUGACCUUUGACCCCGCGCUCCCCCCAGCUCCAGCCCCGCUGUCCCCGGCACCUGGCCCAGGGAUUCCCGUGGGAAGCGGCGAUGUCGGACAAGGGCGGCAGCAUGGACGGCAGGACGGACAUUGUCAACGGCAGCCUGUCGAGCAGCCCCGAGGACAUGUCAGCCGAGGAGGGCCGCGAGACGUCCUCGGGGAUCGAGGUGGAGGCGUCCGACCUGAGCCUGAGCCUGACGGGCGACGACGCCGGGGCCGCGCGCGGCCGCGCCAGCGACAGCGACAGCUCCGGGGACAAGGACAGCGACAGCAUGGACGACACCGGCCACUACUCCAUCCCCGAGGAGCCGCGGCACGACGAGGACGAGGAGGAGGAGGAGGAGGAAGAGGAGGAGCCGCGCGCCCGGCGCAGGGCGCCCCGCAAGCGGCCGCCCCACGAGCGCGACUCGUCCGACGAGGAGCAGGCGCUGGAGGACUGGGUGGCCUCGGAGACGUGGGCGCUGCCGCGGCCGCGCUGGCGCGCCAUCCCGGCGCUGCGGCAGCGCCAGCUGGGCGGCUGCUCGCGCUUCGUGGCGCAGGCCUGCGGCGCCCGGCUCUUCGUGCAGAAGUUCCGGCUGCAGCACGGCCUGGAGGGGCACACGGGCUGCGUCAACACGCUGCACUUCAACCAGCGCGGCACGCGCCUGGCCAGCGGCAGCGACGACCUCAAGGUGCUGGUGUGGGACUGGCUGCGGCGCCGGCCCGUGCUGCAGUUCGACAGCGGGCACAAGAGCAACGUCUUCCAGGCCAAGUUCCUGCCCAACAGCGGUGACUCCACGCUGGCCAUGUGUGCCCGGGACGGGCAGGUGCGCGUGGCCGAGCUCUCGGCCACCCAGUGCUGCCGCAGCACCAAGCGCGUGGCCCAGCACAAGGGGGCUUCCCACAAGCUGGCGCUGGAGCCAGACUCGCCCUGCACGUUCCUGUCUGCGGGGGAGGACGCCGUGGUCUUCACCAUCGACCUGCGGCAGGACCGGCCCGCCUCGAAAUUGGUGGUGACGAAGGAGAAGGAGAAGAAGGUCGGGCUCUACACCAUCUUUGUCAACCCUGCCAACACCUCCCAGUUCGCUGUGGGCGGCCGCGACCAGUUCGUCAGGAUUUAUGACCAGAGGAAAAUCGACGAGAACGAGAACAACGGAGUCCUGAAGAAGUUCUGCCCCCACCACCUGGUGAACUGCGAGUCCAAAGCCAACAUCACCUGCCUGGUCUACAGCCACGACGGCUCAGAGCUGCUGGCCUCCUACAACGACGAGGACAUUUACCUGUUCGACUCGGCGCACAGCGACGGCGCGCAGUACAGCCGGCGCUACAAGGGCCACCGCAACAACGCCACGGUCAAAGGGGUGAAUUUCUACGGCCCCAAGAGCGAGUUCGUGGUGAGCGGCAGCGACUGCGGCCACAUUUUCCUGUGGGAAAAAUCCUCCUGCCAGAUCGUGCAGUUCAUGGAAGGGGACAAGGGCGGAGUGGUGAACUGCCUGGAGCCUCACCCCCACCUGCCCGUGCUGGCCACCAGCGGGCUGGACCACGACGUGAAGAUCUGGGCGCCCACGGCCGAGGCGCCCACGGAGCUGCGGGGCCUCAAGGAGGUGAUCAAGAAGAACAAGGUGGAGCGGGACGAGGACAGCCUGCACCACACGGACAUGUUCGACAGCCACAUGCUCUGGUUCCUGAUGCACCACCUGCGCCAGCGCCGCCACCACCGG